GGGCCGGGAGGGCUGCGGCUGCUGAGGGCUCCGCCGCUGACUACCCAUUUCUGGUCCCUUCGGAGGCGAGGAUAUGAGCCCAGCCGGACCAGGGCGAUGUGAUAACGUCAACUCAAGGCAUGGACACACUCUUCAACCGAGACACUCGCAACUGCUGAAGGGCUCGUCGUCUUGUUGCUGACUGUCUGAAGGUUGUACAGCUUCCAGCGAGUUGCACACAUCCUUAGGAAGUAGAUGCUCCUAGCUGUAGCACACGCAUCUCUGCCAAAUAACGUAGCAACACUUCAUUUCACCUUUUCUGGAAUGGAGAUUUCUUCCCACCAGUUUCACCUCCUGCAACAACUAAAUGAGCAGCGCAGGCAGGACUUAUUCUGUGACUGCAAUAUCUUGGUUGAGGGAAAGGUCUUCAAAGCACAUCGAAAUGUGCUGUUUGCCAGCAGUGGCUAUUUCAAAAUGCUCCUUUCACAGAGUUCAAAGGAGACUAGUCAGCCAACAACAGCUACUUUCCAGGCAUUUUCUCCUGAUACGUUUACAGUUAUUCUAGAUUUUGUGUAUUCAGGCAAACUGUCCCUUACUGGUCAGAACGUCAUUGAAGUCAUGUCAGCGGCUAGCUAUCUUCAGAUGACCGAUGUUAUCAGCGUGUGUAAGACAUUCAUUAAGUCAUCUCUGGACAUCAGUGAGAAGGAAAAGGACCGCUACUUCAGUCUUUCGGACAAAGAUGUAAAUUCAAAUGGCGUGGACCGCUCCUGCUUAUAUGGUGCUGGCUGGAGGGCAGAAAGCAGCCCCCCACAUUCUCACUUAAAUCCGGAUCAAGGGACAUGUAUGAUGGGUGGAAGUGCUUGGAGCAAUUUCAACUACUAUCCAACUUCUCAAAGAAAUGCACAGCAACAGCUGUCCAAGCAUGACCAAAGGCAGGAUUCCAUUAAAAAAACCAGGCACCUAGGACUGCAGCAAUCUUCUGACAUUCCUCACUAUAAAUCAAGCAAACUUGAGGACAGGGCUUCUGAGCCUGCUGGCCACGUUACUCAAUCUGAGGAGCAAGUUCAGAUUGAAACAGAAGUUGAAUCUCCUCACGUGGGAUACCAGUACGGUCAAGGGUCUGAUGUGAUACCAAGGAGUUUAGCUGUAUCACAGCAAGAGCAUGAAUCACCUCGUUCUUCUGGCAAAUCCAAGUCUUCAAAAGCAGACGAGCAGUAUACGAGCAUGCCCUCGAUUCUAGGUGUCAUGGGAAGCUGGGCUGAAGAUGAUCUGCCCAGGAUGAGGUUCAAGUGCCCAUUCUGUACACAUGUGGUGAAAAGAAAAGCAGACUUAAAGCGUCACCUUCGCUGUCAUACAGGAGAGCGCCCUUACCCUUGUGAGGCAUGUGGAAAAAGAUUUAGCAGGCUAGAUCACCUAAGUAGCCAUUUUCGAACAAUUCAUCAGGCUUGUAAGCCUAUCUGCAGAAAGUGUAAACGCCACGUGACUGAGCUAACAGGACAAGUGGUCCAAGAGGGGACAAGACGUUACAGACUCUGUAAUGAGUGUUUGGCUGAAGCUGGCAUAGACAGUAUUCGCAUUGACUUGGAGGCUGAAGCACCCCUUGAAUUUCCACAAGAAGGGGAUAAGGAUUCCAGGUGGCACUAUGGGGAAGACAACAGAUCUGAUGUGGAGAUUGUGGAGGAUGGGUCAACCGACUUGGUCAUUCAGCAGGUUGACGACAGUGAGGAUGAAGCAGAUGAAAAGGAAGUAAAACCAAAUAUUAGGUAGUUGUGAGAUAAGAAUUAGUAAAUUAUCCCUUUUACAUUGAAUUCCUGUGUCUUGACCAUAAGCCCUCCGCCAGCCUGUUCUUAUCAUACAAAGACAUAUUGGUUUCUCUUGAACAGGUCCAAACUUGCAUGCAUUUAUGGACAUGCCAUUGGUGCCAUUUUGAAUUUUGUUAUCAAAAUACUCGUAUUUUGCGCCAUUAGGAAUAAUCCAUCCCUAAAUGGAAUAAUGGACGAACAAGGAAACUGAAGUACUACACGGAUAACUUUUUAUAGUCGACAAUGGGUCCCUUCUAAAAACCUCUUUCAAAGGGGUAGAGUCUAAAUACUUUAAAAAAAGUCACAAAGCAUUGUAAAUUACCCACUUCUUAAACUUCUAGAGAUGUGGGUUUUAUAUGCAGUAUCACCUGGUGAUUAAGAAAGUAUAAAUACCACCACCACCACCACUGUAGAAUAUAGAGAAAAUCUCUUUUCAGCACUCAGAAGUGAAGAUAAUCUUCCAUGAAAUUUCAUGAACUCUUCAUAUUAUGAUUUGAAAAGCCAGGCAGAGAAUUAAGAAAGAACACAUAAAAAUGUUUUGGCAUAUACAUCUGGAAAAGCACUUUCUUUUAAAAAAUUAUUCUAAUAAGGAGAAUCUUUAGCAGAUCAUUCAUUUAAGAAAUAUUUCUUUACAAGAAAAUAAAACACAUGCAUACUACUCCUAGUCAACGCAUCAGAGAUAAAGUGAUUGCUAAUAUGGAUCAUUAGUUCAUACCAGUAGAUGUUUUAUUCACUCUGAAAACUGGGAACUCAAGUUGGGGUGUGUUUUAGUAACCAUGGUAAAAAUACUUAAAAAAAAAAACAAAACAAAACAAACCUCAGAAGUGCUGAUGUGAUGUGACUGGUAGCCCUGCAUCCACAGCAUUACCUGUGGCAGUGCCAGCUUUUCAAUGCCAACGUGAAGGAAACAAUCUUUACAAGGUUGCUUUGGCCUUUGUAUUCUUUCCUUGUCCCCUAUUCUAAUUGCCAGUAGUGGUGGCAGAGCCAGCUAACUUGUACACUAUAUAUACUAUAUCAUUAGAAAUGGAACUGAAGAGAUUUGCAUCUGAAGCCAUUGGCUUAUUCUUGUUUGUAUUGACCUGUACUCAAUUUAAAAUGAUGAGUUUUAAGAUGCAGUCAUUAUCAAUUUAUAUAUUCGCAGAGUCAUUCAGUCACCAAGAAAUUUUUAACCUUUUUCAGUUUGUACUACACACCAGUGAACAAUACGUACUGAAAGCCCUAGACAUUGUAUUUGCAUUACUUUACCUACAAUUAGACUACAAGAGAUGACUAAUGGCGAAGAAAGUUUACUUUUAAAACAAAAUGAGUCACUUGGUUUUCUAACUUAGCGAGUUUACCUUAACCAGCACUGUAAACACAAAAAGACCAGAAGUAUGCUGCUGGGGUGCUUUUACUCUGUAUUUUCUUGGACAGAAAUGAGUAUUACUAAAGGCUUCAUCCUCUGAUCACUAAAGUCAAUGGGUAAAGGCUUAGAAAACUUUUUUUUUUUUUACUACUGCGUAAGCAUGUUUGCCUGAAACCUGGGAUUAAUUACAGAACCAUUCCAUAUAUAUAUACUAUAUAAUCUCUUUCCCAGGAGCGGCUGCAAAGUCACUAUUUUAUUUUUAUUUCUGUAAAAACUGUAUAGCCUUAUUAGUAUCAUCAUUACCAGAGAGUACAGCUUUUUCUUACCAGGCUGCAGAUGGCUAGCCUACGAGUCUCUUAAAUGAGAGCUCAAGCGCUUCCUUACCAAGUUCACAGUGUAAGCAUUAAGUGCUUCCCCCUCCCCAUAAAAAAAAAAAAAAACCCUUGCAAGACUGUCAAGAAGUAGCCUGCUCAUAUGUUCUGAGGAGACUCUAUUCUCUUUCCUUGUAUCCAGUUGGGGAGUGUUGUUUAUUGCUCCUACAGAAAUUAUCAUCCAUUGGCCUUGGACUUGGGGGGCAGGUGGAAGGAGGGGGGAUUUAUCAAGCUUUCUAACGACCCAUAUGUAAACAUUUUUUGUUACACUUUGUUCAGCAGUCCACAAAAUGGACUUGAUGUGAAAAUAGCUAGUAAUUUCUUGGAGUUUAUUGCUCCAAAAAUUCAUAAUACAAAAUGGUUAAAAAUAUUCCAUGAACACCCUUAUCUAAAUCAAAUAUAGAACAAAGAAAUAUAUAAAGGAAUAUGGAAUGGCUUAAAUUAAUUGCAAAUUCCAAGAGAAAAUGCUUGCAGAAAUAGAAUAUAAUAGAUUUCUCCCUUGCCAUUUAAACAGUAUGCACAAUAAAUUGUAGGUAUCUGUGCCUACUGUCCCAGAAUACGAAAAAACUGGGAUUAGUGUGUGUAUGUGUGUGUGUGUGUGUGUGUGUGUGUAUUUGGGGAUGGAUUUAGGGGCUGGGAAAAGACAGUUUCACUCAGAGAUUGAAAUCCUAACUGCCAACUAUAAAGGUGAGACUAUUAAAGGGUUAUAUAUGUUGGGAGUGGGUGGGUUCAGAAGCAAAGAGAUUUCUGCAUCAAUGCUCAAUCUGAUUAGAUACCCUAAAUCUGAGAAUAGUGAGGACCAGAUGCUUCAGAAAAAGAUGUGAAAUAGCUGUAAUAGGCAAUUAUACAAGGAACAGUCUAUCCAUAUGAAGACAUUUACUUUUUAAGUAUAGGCAGAUUAAUGGUUGAUUUAUGCCCUGGCAAACAAGGGUUUUUAUUGCUUUUUUACAUUACUCUUUUCAGUAGCAUAAAUAAAUAUUUGUAGUCAUUUUUAAAGUAUCUUACUAAGCUUGGAGUUCUAGCUCAAGACUGCGAUUCCCGUAGGUCAAUUAAGUUUUGUAUUUAAAAAGGUAUCGUUUUUAUAUUUGUUGCCUUAUUUCAGUUGUUGUUCCCUUAUUUUUGUAUUGCGAGACAUGAUAAAUGUAAGUGCCUUAUAUUUUCUACACUGUCCUUCAUUUUACAUACCCAAUCAUAUAUUUUGCUUGUUUUUCUCUAAAAGAAAGUAAUUCUCUUUUGUUCUUUUGGGUUUUUUUUUCCCUCCUUGCAUUUCCAAGCCUCUCGUCACUCUCUUCUUCAUAUUCCUGUUCAUAUCGCAUACCACGCAUUAGCAGAAGUUAACGUUUUCCUCCUUUUCAAGGAGGAAACUAAAGAUCUUGUAGGAAACUUUAAGAGAAACAGCUUUGACAGUUGUUCAUUUCAUAGGAUUGUUCCCACAGAAUUUAAUUUACUUGAUAAAAGCUGAUUGUAAUGUGUUUUAGAAAUUUGUCAGGUUACAAGUAAGGUACCUGAUUUUAUCUUUAAAUCCUAGAGAAGGCUAUUUAGGACUAUUGACUUCUGCUAACAUUGAUCCAUUCAGAUUCAGGUUCUGUACUGUCUCUGUACGUACAAAUCUCAAUUUGGGAGGUUCAAAUUGGGUAGCACUGGAGCAGGUUGCCCAGAGAGAUUGUGAAAUCUCUCUCCUUGAAGGUUUUCAAGACUCAACUAGACAAAGCCAUGGCUGAUCUGAUGUGAUCUCAGUGCCAGCCUUGUUUCCUGUGAGAGGUAGGAUUAGAGACCUCCAGAAGUCCCCUAUGACCAAGAGUUCUGUGAUUCCUCUCAAAUUGUUUUUUUUUUACUAGUGUCUUCAUUGUGCCUUGUACUUCUUUCUGCUUCUCCAGGACUGUUUGCUUUGGAUUCUCUUAAAUACUACUUGUUCACGCAUGUUUUGGUUCUUCACUGAUAUUCGAAAUGUCUUUCACUGAUAUUCAAAAUGUCUUUCUCUUGUCUUUUGCUUUUCCAUUCCCCAUUUCAACUGACUAACGUGGAGGUGUGUCCACUACAAGUGACAUUCCUCUUUUAAACCUCUACUUUCUGUGGAAUCCUAGUGUCUGCCCCUUUGUCUCCUCCAUCAAUACUUUGUCAUUGGAAGACUGUCUCUGUUUGCUUGGCUCGUGUUAAUCGUGUGUUCAUGAAAACCAUGGUCAAGAAUGAAGACAUAGAUUCAUCAUGCCCUGUUUAGUGUCUGACCUCUAACUAUCCUUGUUUUGUGGCGACUACCUUGCCAUCCGCUCAAACGCUAAAAUACUGUAUUCUAAAGCAUUUCUCCUUCCUCUGUUUCAGGUGUUUCUUACUGAAUUCUUCCUGCCUCCUAAACCUAUGAACUACUUGAUAUUUGAUUUGCUUUUCUCUUUCAACUGCAGCACACACAUCCUAUCCCCACUAUUUCUGUUUUCCAUUAAGUUGCCUGAAAUUCUCUUUGUACUAUUCUUACAGACAGCGCUUGCCCUUACCUUAAAAUUUCAGGAAGACUAGCUUUUGGCUGUCAUUUUCACACUAAUAGGGAAAAUAUACAGAAUGAAUAUCCCUUUCCAACUUGAUAAUAUACUCUACUCUUCCAAAGAACUGAGGUGAAAAAAACAUACACAAAAAUGGUGAUUUAGUGUGAGCUAUGAAAAUGCCUGUGAGCCCAGAGAUCCCUGCAGUAGAAGAACUGAGUAGAUACUGACACUGACUGCUCCACCUAUCAUCCUUUACUUCUGGCUCUUCAGAAAAAAUAUCCCAUCCUCCAGGAUUUUGGGACCCUUCUAAAUUGUCAUUUUUCAAUGACAAUUUAGGAAAAACUUCUCCCUUGGAUAUCAAAUUAUUAGGAAAUAUAUUACAACAUUUCUUCCCUGAAGCAUCUGGUCACUGCCAGAGAUUAUAGUAUUCCAUUAUCUAGCUAUGCCAAUGUCAGAAUUUCUUAAAUUUUGGUCUCUUAAUCUGCACUGGCAGCAACCAUCAAACAACAGUAUUUAGACAGAACACCUUGCAGUAUAAACUGAAAUGAAUCAUGCUGUUGUAACAUCUGAUGUGACAGCUUUGAUUAACAAGCAUGCUGCAUGUUGAUGUUGGGAAUAUGGCGGCAGAAGUAUUUUAGAUUUACUUAUUAAAAUUUGAGUUGCAUCCUCAUCCUAAAUAUCUUAUAACACGUAGUUGUCCCUUAACCCUGUAUCUAAGGCUUGUGCACAAUAUCUUAAAAAAGACAGAUACUUCUAAUACCUUCAGUUCAGGUUUCUGUUACUUUUUGGUGGAGUAUUUUAAAAUGCUGCUGAACUGAUUAUGUGCAUCACCUAGCUUCAACCACUGAACAGUUCUAUGCAGAAUAACUUGUAUUUUCUUUGGAAGGUAAGCUGGCAAAAAAUCAUUUAAUACUAACCUCCUAUGCAUUAAAGAUAAAAGGAACAUUCAGUCAAAGGCAAGCAAACUCUUUUUCCAAUGUUUCAGUUGACAUUUUUACCAGAAACUACCUAUUAAAGAUCCUUUUUCUUCACCAAAGAAUAUAAAUAUCAAAAAUCUACCAAACCAGAUCUUGAGAUGAGUUCUAGGUACACCUUGAAGUGAGUUACAUUAACUGAGCAAAUUCUUUGAAAAAUACCAAUUUAUUUCUUUAAACAAAAUAGUGUAAACUUAAGACCACAGGGGACUGCUAUUAUUAGCAUAAGAAAUCAAUAGUACAAGCCAGAUA